GAGCAUAAAAUCACUUCGAGCAACACACACGCACCCAAGUCGCAACUCACGGAAGUCCAAAGGUUCUCUCUGUUGGGAAAGCAAAAGGUUCCGAUCGGCGAGAGAAGCAAAGUCACCGGAUCGGCUUUCUUCUCAUCACUUCAGAAUUUAGAUAGAAUGGCAUCGAAACUGAAGCUAUUGCAAUCAAAGGCGUCCCAAGCUUCAUCUUUCCUGUCAAAACAUGGAACCACUUAUUACAAGCAAGUGAUGGAGCAGAACAAACAAUAUAUUCAGGAGCCGGCUACUGUUGAGAAAUGCAAUGAGUUAUCCAAACAGUUGUUCUACACUCGUCUUGCAAGUCUUCCUAGACGUAACGAGGCAUUUUGGAAGGAACUCGAUCACGUGAAGAAUUUAUGGAAGAAUAAGCAAGAUAUGCACGUUGAGCAGGCUGGGAUUGCAGCUUUGUUUGGGCUUGAAUGCUUUGCGUGGUUUUGUGCCGGUGAGAUCGUUGGAAGGGGGUUCACGUUCACCGGUUACUAUGUCUGACUUUGCAACCGUUUUGGUUCAUAACGUUUGUUUCCCGAAGAGAAAACCGCAAGGCCUUUUUUCCGUUACGCGAUUUAAGACCGCGAAAUCCUAUAAUACCGACAUGUUCUUUUUUUGGAAAUUUUUGAAGCUGAGAAAAUCAGUUGCUAAGUUGCAUCAAUAAUCUGCAUAUUUGGUACUCCUCCUGAUUUACAUACUUUGUGUAAUGACUUGUUAGUUUUAAAAAGCUUUUGAUUGUUUUUUGGUU